AUGUUGCGGGUGGUUAUGUGUCUUCUGGGGCGGUUGCAGAGUCUGGAGGCUCCAUUCCCUCGACAGCAACAGCACAGGGCCCUCCAUCUCCGCCUUCAUCCACCACCUCUCCCAUGCCUUCGUCAACACCCGCCAUCCCCUCACUCCCUCAAUUCCACCACUAUCAAUGUCAACCCAAAUAUCGAUACAAACCACAACCCCAUGCGCACCAUCACCACCACGCCUGCUCCUGUGCUUUUAAGUGCGGGGGAGAGGGCUCAUGGGCAGUGUCUUACUUUGCCUGGACGAGCUGGGACGCUCUCAGCUGUGAGGGCGUCGGGUGGUGAGGGUCGAACGUCAGCAGGUGAGAUUUGCAUGGAGGCUCGAACGAACGUGGAUGAACCCAAAGACGAUGUGGAGGCUCGUAUUCGCAAAGGCGAGGACGCGGUCGAACCGCAUGACAAAGACGCAGACUCCAACAGCAAACCGUAUCACCGCCAUCAGAAGUGCAACUUGACCUCUUCGACGAGCUCACGCGCUUCUUCCGCCAUGUCUGGUAGGCUUACAACCUUGGACGAUAAUGUCAUUCCACCUUGGCUCAACGCAUGUGGUCAACUUCGUCGCCAAGUGUCUGAUAGAUGUCCGUACCCUGAGGAACAGCCCCCAACACCCACACCUAUCCCCGUUGGACACCCGUACAACCUCCCUCCCCCCGCUGCGCCUUCCACGCCGCGUAUGACCCGCCGUCAGAUGCUCCAGACAGAGAUGUCGGAGAGUUUGAGGCGGAAUUUGUUGUGGGAACGACAAGUGAGCAAGGUCAACCCUGUGGGGUAUCGUGCAAGUACAAAUGGGGGUAGCAGGGGUAAUGUGCUGGGGGGGUUGAAGCCGUUGAUGACUACGCCUAGUAUGGUUCAGCUUCGAGCUAAAGGGGAGGCUGCUGGGAAUGGGAAUGGGGCGGCUGGUCCGUCUAAUGCGGAUCAAACACAGCCUCCUGAUAGGGAGAGAAGGGGGAGUGGGGGGGAGGCGGAGGAGAGGGAGGAGAGGAGGGGGUUGGCUAUGGGGAGGAAUAAGAGUUGGGCGGACGGUUGUCGCUUUAGGGGGUGGUAA